UAUCUUUAUCGAUAUUUCUACUUGAUAUAUAGGAUUUACCAUUCAUUUAGCAUAUGAGUGAUGAAAUAACUUAUUUCAAAUAAAGCUUAUUAAUUGUUGAUCUUGAAGGUUAAUAUCAUUCAAUUUGAAUUGUUUUAGUUUUAAUAUUCAAAAUGUAUACGCUAGAGAGAAUCCCGAUAGCCAAGUCUAUGCCUAAAGGUGACCCUGAUGAUUUGUCGCUGAGAAAGAUUGAAAGGAAUGUCCUUAUUCCAGAAUUGAUGAGAGAAGUAGCCUCAAAAAAUCAAUGCAAAGAUGUUACCAAAGAUUUUUUCGAUUGUGCUAAAGACAAUGGUAUUUUAAUUGCUCCAAAAUGCAUCGAUAAACGCGACAAAUUGACGGACUGUAUGACAUAUUGGCUUAAUAACAAAGAGUUCAAAGAAGAAAUUACUGCAAAAUAUUUAAAGGAUAGAUCAGAAUACAGAAAGACGGGAAUCUCCAAUCGUCCAUCAAAGAGAAUGCACUCGGGAACUCACAACUAACUUGUUUUAUCCGAAAAAAAAUUGUACUUUUCUGGUUCAGAGAAAUUAUUCCUUUGAGUUUCAAAUAAUGACUCAAUCAACUUAUUCACUCUCUCAGGAUGGCCUUACGCGACUUGCUUAGUUUUACAUUGCUAUUACCAACUGUCCAUCAAAUCAUUGAACCGUUUGAUCACAUUGAUUGAUGAUGAAAUAGUAAAUUACUUUGGUCAACGUUAUCUAACCACUAAAUAACAUGAGACUUUAAGAAAUAGCUUGAUUAUUUCACAUAAUUUCAGCCAUUUCGUGUAUUAUAAAAUCUGCAAAUGAAUUUAUUUAGUGUAGAAAACUAAAAGUCCUGCGAUUGAUUAUUUGAGAUUCAAUCACCUCAAAUUUUAUUGCUGCAAUAAACGACAGUAAACUUGAAUUAA